CUGAAUGCAAACAAGCAGGUUAACGACCCCAGUGUUAUAACGUUUCAGCCUGAAAUCUGUCUGGAUAACCCAACAGAGCCAUUUGUUCUUUGAAAAUAGGGCGAAUGGUGUAUAGUGGCAGGAACCCACCAGGACCCGGAGCCGCGAGGCAGAGAGAUGCGUGUACAGAGAUAAAGGCCUGGGAAUAGCUAAAAUCAGCAUCAAAGUUGGCGCCCGAUUCUUGAUUCUUGGUGAACCUGUCCCUCUGCUCCAGAGGGAGACUGCUAAAUCAUGAAAUUACUUGCCUUGCUUUUUCUCUGCUCCAGGCUGCUACCAAGUUUAACCCAGGAGUCCUCACAAGAAAUUGACUGCGAUGAUGAAGACUUAUUUAAGGCAGUGGACACUGCGCUGAAGAAAUAUAACAGUAGAAGCCAAAGUGGCAACCAGUUUGUGUUGUACCGUGUAACUGAGGUCGUCAGGACGGAUGACCCUGACACGUUUUAUUCCUUCAAGUACGAAAUUAGGGAAGGAAACUGUUCUGUUCAAAGCGGCAAAACCUGGCAGGAUUGUGACUACAUAGAAUCUGCUCAAGCUGCCACAGGAGAAUGCUCCGCCACAGUGGGGAAGAGAGGGAAUAUGAAAUUCUCCGUGGCUACACAGACCUGCCAGAUCACUCCAGCCGAGGGCCCGGUGGUGAGAGCCCAGUUUGACUGCCUUGGCUGUGUGCACCCCAUCUCGACCGCGAGCCCUGACCUGGAACACGUUCUAAGACAUGCCAUUGAACAUUUCAACAAUAACACGGAUCAUUCCCACCUCUUUGCUCUUAAAGAAGUGAAAAGGGCCAACCGACAGGUGGUAUCUGGAUGGAACUAUGAAAUUACUUACUCAAUUGCGCAAACGAAUUGUUCCAAGGAGAAUUUUCUGUUCUUAACUCCAGACUGCAAGUCCCUUUUGAAUGGUGAUAUUGGUGAAUGUACAGAUGAGGCAUAUGUGGAUCCUCAGCUGAGAAUUGCUUCUUUCUCGCAGAAGUGUGACCUCUAUCCAGGGGAGGAUUUUGUACAACCUUCCAAGAUUUGCACUGGCUGCCCCAAAGACAUCCCUGUCAAUAGCCCAGAGCUGGAAGUGCCUCUGAAUCAUUCGAUCGCAAAGCUUAAUGCAGAGAAUAACGGAACUUUCUAUUUCAAGGUUGACAAAGUGAAAAGUGCAACAGUACAGGUGGUAGCUGGAGAGAAAUUUUCAGUUGAGUUCACAGCCAGGGAAACCAUGUGUUCCAAGGAAAGUAACGAAGAGUUGACAGAAAGUUGCCAGAUCAAUAAAUAUGGACAAGCCCUAGAAUGUAAAGCUGAAAUUUUUGUGAUACCUUGGGAGAAAAAAAUUUACCCUACUGUCAACUGUCGGCCUCUGACAAAGAUCAUAUUGAUGAAAAGGCCUCCAGGUUUUUCACCUUUCCGAUCAGUACCCAUGAAGAAAAUAGAAGAAGGAACAACUGUAAGUCCACCCCACACUUCCAUGGCAUCUGUACAAGAUGAAGAGCAGGAUUCAGGAAAAGAACAAGGACCUACCCAUGGGCAUGGCUGGGGCCAUAGAAAGCAAAUAAAACAUGGCUUUGGCCAUGGUCAUAAACAUGAGCAUGACCAAGGCCAUGGGUACCACAGGGGACAUGACCUUGGCCAUGGACAUCAGAAGCAACAUGGUCGUGGCCAUGGACAACAAAAGCAACAUGGCCUUGGUCAUGGACAUCAACGGGAACUUGACUAUGACCCUGAACACCAAGGGAGACAUGGCCUUGGCCAUGGACAUCACAGGGGACGUGGCCUAGCCCAGGGACAUACACAUGAGCAUGGCCAAGGCCAUGGAAAAUAUAAAAAUAAAAGAAAAGACAAUGGAAAGCAUAAUGGUUGGAAAACAGAGCAUUUGGCAAGUUCUUCUGAAGAUAGUGCCACCUCUUCUGCAGAGACACAAGAGAAGACAGAAGAACCAACACCCCUCCCUUCCCUAGCCCAGCCAGGGAUAGCAGUUACCGUGCCUGACUUUCAGGACUCAGAUCUCAUUGCAGCCCUGACGCCUAACCCACCAUCUCCCACAGAGAGGGAUGAUGAUUGGAUCCCUGACAUUCAGAUACAGCCAAAUAGCCUUUCAUUUAACCUGGUAUCUGACUUGCCAGAAAAAACCUCCCCCAAAUGUCCUGGACGCCCUUGGAAGCCAGUUAAUGGAUUGAAUCCAGCUGUGGAAGUGAAAGAAUUUCAUGAUUUCGAUCUCACUGAUGCUUUAUAUUAAUUUAUGUAGACAUGAGUCUUAACACUUGAUCAUUCCUCCUCCCCAUUGUCUAAAUAUCCUGAUAUAAUGCACCAAAAGCCCCGAAGCUUCAGAACAGCCUAGAGAGAAGGGGUGAGAUGCCCAGUGGGACACUGUCAAUCUCUAUGGACAACAUAAAGCUGUGUACAGAAUCCUAAAUCCCCUCUGGGUCUUCCUCCCAAGACUUCUUUACUAACACCGAAAAUGGACAAACUCAUGUGCCUUACGGCCUACCGCAAUUGGUACAACAAAUGUGUGCCUUAACAAAUGUGUUCCUUAAAAUGUAUGUCAUCAACUUUCAUGCAAAGAUUCUUGACAUUCUGAAUAAACUGUGGCAUGUGGUCCCUGAACACGUGUGAAAAUAAGGGAAGUCAAGAGACUAAAUGCUGCACUUCUUAAUGGGAAAAAAAAAUAACAAUAAAACCUCCAGAGGUUAAAGAGACA